CAAGGCCCGAGAGCGCUGAUCAGCCAGCGAACGCGAUACCAGGGCAGAGGCUUCCAGGAGAAGUUAGAAAACAGGGACGAAUUUGGGUUACAAACUCAGUGUUAAACAUUUUUUUUCUGCAAUGCUAGGGAGCUGAGGCUUAAACUGUUGCGACAGAAUAGACGUAGUUCAUGCUGUGUUUUGUUUCGAUUUUCACCCUUUGAUCAAUCGGCAAGUAGUUGUCACCCUCACCGGACCCGUGUAGCAACAUUAUCAAUAAUAACAGCAACUGUAUCAGGUUAUAAACGUUAAAUUGUCGAUCUUAGUGUCUCGGAACUAGCAUUAGUUAGCUAGCCAGCUGAUUAUUAUGUUACAGAGUCACUGUUUCUGCUAACAGUACACAGGCCCUGUGUUUCGGGCAGAGUAUGAACGUCCGCCGGAGCAGCCAACACCUCAAGUAGCUGCAAAUAUAAAUUUGAAGCCAGAGGUUCAGAAUUCACUCCGAGUAUGGCGUCGGAGGAGGCUUCGCUCCGUGCUCUGGAGAGCCUCAUGACCGAAUUCUUCCACAGCUGCACGACUAACGAGCGCAAGAGGGAGAUCGAGGAGCUGCUGAAUAACUUUGCUCAGCAGAUAGGAGCAUGGCGGUACUGCCUCUACUUUCUCUCCAACACUCGCAACGAGUAUGUCAUGAUGUACAGUCUGACAGUGUUUGAGAACCUGGUCAACAAGAUGUGGCUGGGCGUGCCCUCGCAGGACAAAAUGGAGAUCCGCAGCUGCCUGCCCAAGCUGCUGCUGUCCGAGCACAAGGCCCUCCCUUACUUCAUCCGCAACAAGCUGUGCAAGGUCAUCGUGGACAUCGGCAGGCAAGACUGGCCCAUGUUCUACCACGACUUCUUCACCAACACCCUCCAGCUGAUCCAGUCUCCCGCCAUGGCGCCGCUAGGCCUCAUCCUGCUGAAGACCACGUCGGAGGAGCUGGCGUGCCCGCGGGAGGACCUGAGUGUGGCACGGAAGGAUGAGCUGCGUAAACUGCUGCUGGAGCAGGUGCCCACGGUGCUGAGUCUGCUGACGGGUAUUCUGGAGACGAUCUGGGACAAGCACAGUGUUACUGCCGCCACCCCACCUCCAUCUCCCACAUCAGGAGAGAGCGGAGAGUUGCUGGGCAGCCUGCUCCAGGGCCCCGUCUACUCCAAGCUGCUGUCGCAGCCCAUCCCACAGCUGGACGAGGAGAGCCUGCAGCUGUGCUCCCUGGCGCUGGAGUGCCUGGCCCACCUCUUCAGCUGGAUCCCCCUCUCCACCAGCAUCACGCCCUCCUUGCUGGCCACCAUCUUCCACUUCGCCCGCUUCGGCUGCGACCUGCGUGGCAGGGGCAAGCUGGGGCCCUCCAUCUACUCCUCCUCCUCCUCCUCCUCCUCUUCCUCGUGCUCCAACGGCAACUCCACCGGCAGCACGGGCGCCCCGCCCUCCUCCGGGCCGAUCAACGGCAGCACGCAGCCGCCGGCCGCCAGCAGGGCCGACAGGGCGCGGCUCGGCGUGCUGGCCAUGACCUGCGUCAACGAGCUCAUGUCCAAGAACUGCGUGCCGCUGGACUUCGAGGAGUACCUGCUGCGCAUGUUCCAGCAGACCUUCUUCCUGCUGCAGAAGCUCACCCGCGAGAACAACGCCCACACCAUCAAGAGCCGGCUGGAGGAGCUGGACGAGAGCUAUGUGGAGAAGUUCACCGACUUCCUGCGGCUGUUCGUCAGCGUUCACCUGAGACGGAUCGAGUCCAACGCUCAGUUCCCCGUGGUCGAGUUCCUGGCACUGCUCUUCAAGUACACUUUCCACCAGCCCACUCAUGAAGGCUACUUUGCUUGUCUUGACAUCUGGACCAUCUUCCUGGACUAUCUGACCACUAAAAUAAAAAGCCGACUGGCUGACCGGGACAGCGUGCUCAACAGGUAUAAGGAUGCCUUGGUCCUGCUGCUGAGAGAGGUUCUGAACCGGAUCCAGUUCCGAUACAACCAGGCCCAGCUGGAGGAGCUGGACGAUGAGACACUGGAUGAUGACCAACAAACAGAAUGGCAGCGAUACUUGCGGCAGAGUCUUGAAGUCGUUGCCAAGGUGAUGGAGCUGCUACCCUCUCAUGCAUUCUCAACACUGUUUCCAGUGUUGCAGGAGAACCUGGACGUGUACCUGGGCCUGCAGCAGUUUAUUGUCACCACGGGUACAGGCCGGAGGCUAAACAUCACCGCAGAGAACGACUGCCGGCGGCUGCACUGCGCUCUGCGGGACCUGAGCUCUCUGCUGCAGGCCGUGGGGCGGCUGGCCGAGUACUUCAUCGGGGACGUCUUCGCCGCCCGCUUCAACGACGCCCUCACUGUGGUGGAGAGGCUGGUAGAAGUGACCUGCUACGGCUCCCAGAUCAGCCUGUACGACCUGGAGACAGCAGUGCCAUCCGUGCUGAAGCCAGACCUCAUCGACGUGCACGCCCAGUCCCUGGCCGCCCUGCAGGCCUACACUCACUGGCUGGCUCAGUUCUACAGCGAGGUGCAGAGGCAGAACCAGGCACGCUUCGUCAGCCUCAUCACCUCCGCCAUGGACGCCACCGCUCCUCUCAUCAGUGCCAAGGUACCAGAGAAGCUGCUGCUGUCAGCAUGCCAUCUCAUGGUGUCGAUUGCCACGACGGUUCGGCCCGUCUUCCUGGUGACGGUCCCAGCCGUGCAGAACAUCUUCAACUUGAUCACAGAUCACAGCCUUGCGCGCAGGCUCCCCCAAGAGGCCCAGGUGCUGGUGUGCAGAGCCCUGUCCAACAUGCUGCUGCUGCCCUGGCCCAACCUGCCGGAGAGCGAGCAGCAGUGGCACACGCGCUCCACCAACCACGCCAGCCUGCUGGCCGCCCUCACCCGCAACUACCGUCUGCUCCGGGGCAGCUCCAGCCUGCAGCAGCGCCGCGUCGACGUGGAGGACAUGAAAGCAGAGCUGCACCAGACGCUGCGGGUGCUGAGGGACAUCGUGGACAGCAUCUCGGGCGAGGCCACCAAGUCGCGGCAGAUCUGCUACCAGUCGCUGCAGGAGUCUGUGCAGGUGUCGCUCACCCUGUUCCCCGUCUUCAUCCACCAGCCAGACGUGACGGACGAGAUGCUGAGCUUCUUCCUCACACUCUUCCAAGGCCUGAGAGUCCAGAUGGGGGUGCCGUUCACCGAGCAGAUCAUCCACACCUUCCUCAACAUGUUCACCAGGGAGCAGCUUGCGGCCAGCAUCCUGCAGGAGGGCAGCGCCGGGUGCAGGGUGGUGGAGAAGUUCCUGAAGAUCUUGCAGGUGGUGGUGCAGGAGCCGGGCCAGGCCUUCAAGCCCUUCCUACCCAGCAUCAUCUCCCUGUGCAUGGAGCAGGUCUACCCCAUCGUGGCAGAGCGUUCCUCCCCAGAUGUGAAGGCGGAGAUGUUUGAGCUACUGUACCAGGUGUUGCAUCACAACUGGAGGUACUUCUUCAAGACGUCUGUGCUGGCCAGCGUGCAGAGGGGUGUGUCAGAGGAGCCCAUGGAGAACGAGGCUCAGUUCAUUGCAGCCAUGCAGGCCUUUGGCCAGUCUUUCCUGCAGCCAGACAUCCACAUAUUCAAGCAGAACCUGUCAUAUCUGGAGUCUCUAAACAGCAAGCAUAAGCUUUACCACAAGAAGAUGUUCCGCACCACCAUGCUGUUCCACUUCAUCAACGUGCUGCUGCAGGUGCUGGUGCACAGGAGCCACGACCUGCUGCAGGACGAGAUCGCGCUGGCCGUCUACAACAUGGCCUCCAUUGACUUCGACAGCUUCUACUCCGCCUUCAUGCCCGAGUUCCUCAACAGCUGCCAGGGCGUCGACGCCAACCAGCGCGCCGUGCUGGGGCGCAACUUCAAGAUGGAGCGGGACCUGCCCUCCUUCACACAGAGCGUGCACAGGCUGGUGAAUGACCUGCGCUAUUACAGGCUGUGCAACGGGAGUCUGCCUCCCGGGACCGUCAAGCUAUAGCAACGCGCCCAGCCCCAGAGCCGUCACUACCACACUCCCCCCACCCCACCCCCUAGCCCAGCCUCCCAGUGCCAUGGACACUGUCCCAGCCUCUGCCAACCCCCCCCCCCUUGCCCCGCGCUCCGACCUCCUACGUCCUUGCCUGGCUGCUCUCACUCGAGGGGGGGACGAAGAGGACUCGACAAAGGGACGCCUCUGGAAGGACUUGCACCUUAACGUCCGCACAUUUCAGCGGGUCCCACGCCCGGCCCCCAUUUCAGCGCUUCCCCCUCCUUUCUGACGUGAGCGCAUUCGCCAACAGUCACAAGGCCAAAGCGGAAGACGGGAGGCACCAGUGCUCCUGCCGCAUUCCACCGCUCCCAGGAGGGGCUACCUGGGGCUCAGCACUUUCCUCACUCACUUCUGUCUGCAGUUACGACGUUCACCUUUAAAUAGGGUCUGCCGUUUUUCUUUAUUUUUUUUUUUUCUCACGUUGCCUUCGCUCAUUUAACUCCAAA